UCUUAUUUCCGUUGAGGGCUUUGAAAUCUCUCGAGACUCUUCACCGUUAACAACCCUACCUUUGAGCCACUAUAUUCCGUUUGGCUGCCAAGAAAAGCUUCUCUAGUAAAAAUGGCGAAAUCGAAGGCUCACUCAAAGAAGCAGCAAAAGCGUGGAGUCGAUUUCAAAAAAAUAAAGCGAAAGAUUGGAAGGAAGUUGCCGCCGCCGAAGAAUGCUACGAAUACCGAAGUUAAAUCCAAAGCAAUCACACUUCCCGAGCAGAGCGUGGCAUCAGAAAAGGGAGGCUUAGCUGUGAACAAGAAAGGUUUGACUUUGAAGGAACUUCUUCAGCAAACAUCUCAUCACAACCCAAAAGUUCGUAGAGAUGCAUUGAUGGGUAUUAAGGAUUUAUUCCUUAAAUAUCCAGCAGAGCUAACAUUGCACAAAUACGCUGUUGUGGAGAAACUGCGUGAACGUAUUGGGGAUAAUGAUAAAGCGGUUCGAGAAACAGUGUAUCAACUAUUUAAGACUGUGAUAUUCCCUAAUUGUAAAGAGGAUAAUCAAGGGCUUUUUAUUUCCUUAACAAUGGCGUAUAUCUUUAAUGCAAUGACGCAUUUAUCAAUUGACAUUCGGUUGAUGGCAUUCAAAUUUCUUGACCUUGUUGUCCAGAAUUAUCCACCUUCCUUUUUCCUGUAUGCUGAAAAGAUUCUUCAAAAUUAUAAGAAUAUUCUACGGAAGAACCAGUACCAGUUCUAUGUACAGGACAAAGGGAAGCUCAAGAGUGUUCUUGCUGGGUUGGUGUACUGCUUGUCGCUGGUGCCAUGUAAUAAAAAAGAAGUUGACUCCUGUGAAAAGAAUGAAGCUGGACAAGGGAUGUUACAUGCUUUUGAGCCUGACGUGCCUACAGAAUCUGCUGGAUUUUCUGUCAUCUUCAAGAAGCUGAAGGAUCUUAUGCCAGUUUUAGCCGAUUGUUUCCAAGAUUUUGUUUCAUUUGCUCGCGCUAUGCCAGUUCUUGAUGCACAAUCAUUUGAUUGUAUGUCGGGCAUACUCCAAUGCAUAGAUAUCACGGCCAAAUUUUUUAUUUAUGGGACUAACAAGGGUAAAUCAGAAUAUCAACCUCACGGAGUACCUGAUGUGACAGAGUGGGAUGAAAAUCUCUCAUCAUUGCUAAUGAAGAAGGUACUACAAGUGUUUCCCCUCAACCCGACAUGUCCCAUGUCAGAAAAGGAUGAUGAUAGGUAUUUUAUCUUGAACACAUUGGUUACGGGAAUACUUUUGCAAAUCAGUGAAUGGAUCUGCCCUCCUGCUAUCAUAUGGGAGAAAUUUCUAGAAUUUAUAGAAAAUGCACUGCUUGGAAAGAUUUAUAGUGGCACAAGGUCUGGUAAAGUAGUCUGGGAAAAGCAUUUACUUUCACUUCUUCCUUUUUUCCCAAAACUUGUUUCACAAGUGCCGAGCAAUUGGAGGUCUCGUCUUCUUCAGGCAUUUACCAAUGCUUUUAAGGAUUGCCACCCGGAGUCUUCAUUAAAGUUGGCAUGCCUUUCUACAAUUGAAGAUAUGCUUAUUCCAAAGGAAGAUAGGCUAUACCUAGAUUCAAGUGAUCCAGAAAUACUAGACCAUCAGAUUGCUUGGAUAAGAGAGCUUUCUCCAUUGCUAAUCCUGCUAGGUGAUAAGCAUCCAUCUUGUUCCCAGGUUGUGUUGCAUUUGCAACUUCGGCUGGGACAGUGUGCUCUGUUGAACUCUUCUCUUGCAUGGGAAUAUGACAACAUGCAAUACUCAUUGCUAGAGUUUUACUGCACAUGUCAGGAUGAUGGAAAGUUACACUAUGGUCCUUUCAUCAGGCUUCCUAGAGAUUCGCAGGAACUCUCUCUCUGUUGCCUUUACUAUUUUUCUAAUUUGGAUACACCUUUGUUGCAGUCAAUAGCUUCUUGUUGCCUAUGUCCUGAUUUGGAACCAUUUAUAUUAUUACGAAGUAUAGAGGUUCUCCAUUCGGCCUAUGCUGCUGGUCAUGUCAAAAUUACUGACUAUAUCAGUUUCAUCAUCACUUUGCUCUCACGUUUUAAAGUUUUACCUGAAAACAUACAUCCUGUUAAAGAGAGUGAUAUAAAGAUGAGAAACCAUGGAACAUAUAGGUCAGUCACCACUGUUGUUUGCUCAAACCUGUCGCAGAUUGGUGACAGUUCUCUUGUUUUUCAGAUUCUAGAGAAAGUGACAGUUGGACAGAUAUUAAUGAAGCCACCUUUGGACAAUGCUUGUGCCAUGCUCAGAAUGCUUGCUGUGCUGGAUUCUAAACCCACGAGACUUUCUGAGCAGAGUAUUGUCACUCUAAGCAAUUUCAUUUCAGGAUAUCUGAUUGAUGUUGUGCAUUGCAUUCCAGAAGAUCAUGAUGAGGCCAAUGUCUCCUUUCCUACACUCCUUUAUUAUAUCCUACCUUGUUUUUUCUUGUUUGAUAGAAGUCACAAACUUCUGAAUCUUGUUUUGAAGACAAUGGGAUCCUUGAUAACUGCAAGUAGUUCAUCACUGCAUAAGGAUGUUAAAGUUCAGAAAAUUAUCUCUGCAUUCAAGGCAGAAAUCGUCCAUAUGUUACAAAAAAUACUCUCUUUACAGUCUUCAGAGGAAAUCAGCAUGUCCAUUGAGGAGAGGCAUAAAAUACGGCGUGCCUUUGAUCGACUAAAAGUUUUGAUAAGUAAAUCAUCGAAUGGGAUACCUGCAAUAUAGGAUGAUGUUUAUAAAAUCGUCAUCUUACCCUUCAAUACUUAAUUUACACCAUGGUAACUCUUAGAGAUCAGCCCCAGUCAAGGUGAAUGCACUAGUAAUGAGCUCUGAGAAUGGAAUAUCCAACUAUCUUGGCUAGUGAACAUUGCCAAAGUCUUACAGUAAAUAUAAGGCAUUGGUCCUGAGUGUAAGUCUUACUACAGGACUCUGUGUCUGCAAUUUUGAGUUAGGUAGUAAAAUUCUACCCAUCGUUCUGGGAAUUUUUGGUGGGGAGCUAAAUUAUAGAAGCAAUCUUAUCUCAAUGUAUAGUUUGAUUGUGUUUUUUCCCCCUAAUCCUUCUGGUUGUACUAUAGUUAAUCUCUUGGAUAUGAAAUUUUGUAUUAGACAACUUAUGAUAUAUAUAUUUUUGUUUAUUAGACCUUA